AUGAAGAUCACUAGUCCGCAAUGGCUGCAGAUUCCAAAUUCAAAUUUACCAAAUGGUGUUGGAACCAAUUUAUUUAAAAAACAAACAUCUGAUCUUGAUAAAGGACUUGUCGCUUCGUACAAGGUGUCUUUAUUGGUAGCAAAAAACAGUAAACCUCAUUCAAUCGGUGAAACUCUUAUUUUACCGGCUCUCAAGGAAAUAAUCGAUACUAUGCAAGGAGAGGGUACUAGCAAUAAGAUGAUUAAGUCAAUUCCUUUGAGCAAUGACACUGUCUCCAAAAGAAUUGAUAAAAUGGCAGAUGACAUCGAAAACAAACUUAUAAAUUAUUUAAGAGAAAAUAAUUUUGCACUACAGAUUGACGAAUCAACUAUGAAAGAUAAUAAAGCUAUAUUACUAGCUUACGUGAGGUUCAUUAAUGAACGUAAAGAAAUCGUCGAGGAAUUAUUGUUUGCUACAAUCACAGAGUUUCUAUCGUCCUCUGUAUACGGUGCACCAUGA